CACCCCUCUGUCACCCAUGUGCACUCCUCUACACCCCUUUUACACUUAUACACCCCUGUAUUCCUCUUCUUUUAUAAAAGGGGAAUCUGGAUGAUGAUGCUGGAAAAGUGUGGAGCUUAAUAGGUUUGUUUUGCAGGUUUAACGGUGAAGAAUUUUGGCUGGAAGAAAUUGUUAUGAUGACCCGGAGAAGAGAAGGGAACAACCCUGAUUUUAGAAGAUGUCACUUGGUAAAAAAUGGGUUAUGCAGAAGAUAAGUUCAUGGAAUAUCUGCGGAGGAAUCUGAUUCUUAUAGAGUCCAUAAAGGUUGAUGAGCUCCUAAUUCCCCUGUCAAAUUGCCUCUCGGCGGCUACCGUGGAGAAGCUGAACGCUUACGUGAGAAACCAAGGCAACAGAAAAUCGGUGCUGGAUUUCUAUCUAGAUCUGAGUAGAAGUGACAAUUGGGUGAAACAUUUUAUAGUGGCCCUCAGACACUGCGAACAUAAUGAACUGGCUAAUGAAUUUCAGAGGAUAUAUUCGUCUUAUCAGCGUCCAAACUCUACACAGUCUUCUCCUAGAUCCCUACCUCCAUCAGCGAACAAUUACAACCAGAAAACACCUAAGGAAAAUCCACAAUGUAGCUCCAGCCUCCCUGGACACAUGCCCCCAACAACCCAAGACACACAGCCAAGUCCUCCAGCUUCUCAAAGAGUCAACCAGGUCCAACCGGAGCAGGAGAUGUUCCAACAUUCACCAUCCCACCCGAACCAUGAGUUUAGAAGCCUUCCUCCAUUACCACCCUGCUCACCUGAUCCACCUCCAACCCAGCUUCCGAACAAUCUCUCGGCACCAAUUUGCUCAGACAUAAGUACAUCAGAAGAUGAUUCAGUCAGGAAUCCAGUCCCAGAAACAGCUCCAUACUCGACCACACCCUCUAAGAAUGAUGUUGAGGUUCCAGAGACUCGCCCUUCUCCUUCUUAUAGUCCUUCCACAAGCAGUGAUCGAGGGGCUGACAAUUGGAAAAGUCUAUCUUUGCAUGACAAGGUUGAGAAUGUUCCAGACAAGAGUCCAGCAAGUUACAGUCCUGUAAACCCAGAAACUGCUAAAGAGGAACCGAAAAGGGAAUGGACACUGAAUCAACAGGUUGACAACGUUUCAGAUAGGAGUCCAGCAAGUUACCACCCUGAAAACCGAAAAGCUGCUCAAGAGACACCAAACAGGGAAUGGUCACCAAAUCAACAGGUGAACAACGUUCCAGACAGGAGUCCAGCAAGUAACCGUCUUGUAAACCCAGAAACUGCUAAAAAGGAACCGAAAAUGGAAAGGACACAGGAUCAAUGGGUUGACAACAUUCCAGACAGGAGUCCAGCAAGUUACCGUCCUGUGAACCGAGAAGAUGCUCAAGAAACACCAAACAGGGAAUGGUCACCAAAUCAACGGGUGAACAACGUUCCAGACAGGAGUCCAGCAAGUAACCGUCUUGUAAACCAAGAACGGUCACCAAGUCAACAGGUUCCUUCAGGAUCAUCUUGCAGACCAUUGGACAACAAUAAUGAUGAGGAGGAGGAGGAACACUUAUCAAAACCAGGAGUACUGAUGUCUACACCAGACUUCGUAGGUUCCAUCAACUCAAGUGGAGCAUCAUCGGAACUGUCCCACGCACCUGUUUUACAAAUCAGUGACUGUACGGAGAGAAGCGAAUCGAUCAAUGCUGGUGGCCGGUCUUCUACACCCAUCAAACGGAAUCAAGCUCCACCGGUAAACACCCCAAACAGCCGAAGCAUCCAGAUACAGGACAGAAGGAGUCCCGAGGAGAAUGACUUCACGUUUGACUCAGGACGUAACAGGCGACUGGAUGAGUCCUCAUCGAGGCAUCCGGAGGAGAAUAGUUUCGACAUUGGAGAUGUCAGGCACUAUAGACUUGAGUACGAAGACACACCAGAAGAGGACCUCAUGGAGAACAAUGACUCUGCUCUAAGGACCAGACUAAGGAAAACUCCAGAUGCCGGUGAGUCAAAUGAUCAAAAAGCGCAAGAGAAUAGCAAAAAGCCCGAAGGAAGGGAUUACGAAAGAAGAGCCUUGAUCGCCAUCACCGUUGCUUCUCUCUGUCUUUCUUUAUACCUCCUAUGGAAGAGUCGAAACAACUAGAUGCAUUUAGGGCUUCCAAACCUAAAAGAACAAAGAAGCUGCUAUACUCGUUCACAUACGUAUGUUAUUGUUUCCUUGAGGUACAGAUGAAGCACUUACCGCAACGUAUUCUACAAUUAGCCUCUACCUAACUCAGAAUGGCUAAUACUGAGAAGAGCUGAAAACAAAUAGUCCGGAGCCUUUCUCUCCUCACCUGGUUGAUAGUCAGAGGAUCUUUGUACCCAUUAGAUCCUUGCUGAUUUUCAUUGACUUCUAUCUAAUGCACUGUUUCCCAACCAGGCUGCCUCGAGCUGUUGCAAAACUACAACUUCCAGCAUGCCCGGACAGGCUGUCCGGGCAUGCUGGUAGUUGUAGUUUUGCCACAGCUGGAGAUACCCUAGUUGGGAAAUACUGAUCUUAUGUGUAUGAUAAAUACACAAAUGAUUUCAUAGGAUUUUCCCAAAAAUCUCCAUGUCACAGGAUUUAUUAUUUGGAGUAAGCCUAUUUUCCAGUGAGCAUUCCAAUCUUUACAAAUGGAUGAACUUUGGGUUUAGGUAUUUCUCCCAUGGAGUGCAAUGACACUUAGGUUGCACUGCACACAUACAAGUCUUCUAUAUACCUUCUAGUUUUUUUUUUUUGCCUAUAUUACAUGCGCACUCACCAUCACUAUUCCUACAGCACUAUCUGUUUCAUUCAAGCACAGCUGCCUCCAUGUAUAUAUGUAAAUACAUAAGUAAAAGAUAUCUGAGGUCUUCAACCCACCUUUUCAUACACCAGCUACUAUGCCCUCAAGGUGCUUUAUGUCUAGACCGAAAUAUCUUCGGCCUUAUUUUAUGUCUUUGUAUCAUUUUUAUAAAAAUCUGCUGCUUCUAAAUAAAAAUAGGAUUGUUCACUAUAAUCUGCUGAAUGGAACCUUAUUGCUACGCAACUAAAUACUUGCUGCUGUCUGCCUAGUACCAGGAGUUCCAAUAAUGUUAACUUCUUUCAAAGGUAUAAAGACCGUCUCUUUACAGGUAUCUUUCCUGGAAGGGUAUGUUCACACUGAGGGUUUGGAGAGGAAUUUCCACGAGUAAUCCUGCUUGCUUAUUCCUCUCCAAAUCAUUCAGCAGUGAAAAACCCUUAGUAUGUAAUGAAAAUUCUGCUCCUCAGUUCACACUGAGGAAUUUCCGCUAGCGGAAUUCUGUCACUGCAUUCCGUUCCGCAUGAAGAAUGAACAUGUUCUUUCUUCAUGCGGAAUUCGCGUCGUAACUCCAUAGAAGUCAAUGUAAAUUUUUUUUCAGGCCGCCACACUUCCGCACGUAAUUUGCGCGGAAUUUGCACGGAAAUUGCGUAGAAUUCGUGCAAAAUUUUUUAUUUUUUUUACAAUGUCUCCUAUGCCGCGCUGAACUCUGCACUGAUUUCUGUGCGGAAUUCCGCGCACAUUCUGCGCAGAAAAAAAACUGUUAUUUCUGAGCGGAUUUGUUCAGCACAAAUUCCUUGCACAUAUUUGUCAGUCUGAACGUACCCUAAGUCAAUGUCCAACCACGUAAACAGGCUUAAAUCACGAAUAGCAAGUUAAAAAAACUUUUCUAAACUAACUCAGGCUAUGUUUCCUAACUAUUCCUCUAACUAACUAACACCCCUCCUACCCUUCAAAAAAAAAUUCAGAGCUUUCAAAAGCCCUGUAUUAUACCUUUAUUCUUGAUCACAUGUGCAAUCUCCCAGCAGGAGAAAGUGGGUGUUUCCCAGCAGGCAUGACAUCACUGAAGCCUGCUGGGGGACCACUUCCCCCCUCACAUUGUUGCAGUGCUAUGAUGAAUAGAAGACCUCAAGCUCUAUGCAUGUUUCAGUAUUGGGGGGGUCUGGCUGUUUGUUUACAUCUCCUUUGAGGUCAAAGGCUCUUUUGAAGUCAUGCACUCUGGUCCCAUCAUAUAAUCAAACAGAUAAGGGGCCAGGAAGAGAGAAGACCCCCUGGUGGGAUCAGAGGGGAGGGGGGAAUGGAGUCUCCCUCCCAAGAAAGCAGAUAUAUUUAAACAAUGCUAGACUCAGAGUUGUUCAAGGCUGUGCCCCAAGCUGACAAGACCAUCCUAAGAACAGCACUCUCACUCACUCAUGAACUGAUACCAUCAUGCUGUAAGAACUUCAUCUUUUGUUUUCUGAACUUGUCUUGCUAAACUCUUUUAUAUAUUUUUGUAACUGUAUGUCAUUUGUUUCUGUAUUUUUAUAUAGUCGGCACAGUGAUACCUUUUAUCAGAUUAAA